GUUGACAAUCCGUGUCAUAUGAAUUUUGAAUGACUGAAUAACUCACGUGUUGUCGUAAAUCCCGAUUAUUUUGUAUUUUUCCGAUUUUGUACCGAGAUUUUAAAUCGAAAGAUCGAUUGGCUUGGAAUCGGGGCAUGAAUCCUCAUCAACUCCAGUUUUAGAAAAGCCGAAAAAAGCAAACCGGAACGAAAAUGACCCUGCAAGAUACGAAGAGCAAGAAGCUUUACAUUAUCGGGAAUUAUCGUUUCAGUGAGAAACUGUUGGGAAAGGGAAACUUUGCACGAGUAGAGGAGGCGAUGCACACGAUUCUCAAUGUCAAAGUGGCGGUGAAAAUUAUGGAUGUUAACCAAAUCAAGGAAGACUAUAUUAUAAGGAAUUUGUGCAGAGAGGCGAAAAUUAUGGCCAAACUGAACCAUCCAUGUAUUUGUGCACUGUAUCAAACCAUGCAGCGAUCAGAUAAUGUGUACUAUUUGGUAACUGAGUUAGCUUCAGGCGGUGAUUUGUGCACUUUCGUCAAAGAACAGCGAGGUGGCCGUCUGGAGGAACGCCCAACUCGAAUAUACGCCCGCCAAUUUGUGUCGGCUUUAGCUCACAUGCAUCAAUUAGGGGUCGUGCAUCGAGACCUUAAAAUGGAGAAUGUAAUGUUGAAUUCCGCUCGAACGCAAAUAAAAAUUGUGGAUUUCGGUUUGAGUAAUUUCUACAGUCCCGAAGAGCUUUUGAAAACCCAUUGUGGAUCUCCAGAGUACGCUGCCCCUGAAUUAUUUAUCACUGGAAUGAAGUAUGGUUCAGAGGUAGAUUUGUGGAGUUUGGGAAUUAUUCUCUAUGGCAUGGUUCUUGGGUAUUUGCCAUUUGUUAGUGACCGGAACGAGCAACUGAGCUCUCAAGAUCGUCGCAAACGGCUGGUUUUACAAAUCAACAAAGGCCUCCGCAGCUCGCAUAUAAAAGAUUUGUCAUUAUUCUCUCCGGAUUUUAGAAAUAUGGUUUGUCGAAUGCUGAUUCCGGACGUUACCAAGCGAAUAUCCAUCAAGGAUGUGAUGGUGCAUCCUUUUGUUACCGAUAAAGGCAGCAAACUCAUUAGAACGAGUCCAAUGAAAAAACUGGAUAUCAAACACCAGGCAAGAAUAAUUGAAGAUAUUUGCGACUUGGUCCAUCUGCCAACACAUGAGGUGGUUCGAAAAGUAAAAGAGGAACCGUUUAGCAGAAUUGGUGGAAUGUACAAUAUUUUAGCACGUGCAAUGGCAUUGAGCAAACUGAGUGGCGAUGGAAUCAGUAAACUCCAGCCAGGGCCGGAAACAGGUACAGGUCUUCCACAGAAUUCCCCCGUAAAAAGACCAGACAACUUGAGAAGCAUCGCAUCAAAGCCUCUUAGUGGGAGGGACACGCCGACGAUUACAGUGCAGGAUAGAAAAGUGUAUUCUCGGUCAAAUAACAAACCGCCGAUGAGCGCACAAGGUCCUUUCAAGAUCCAGGCAGAAUUUAGACAAGCUGGAACACCUACUACCGCAAUGAGACCCAGAACUGUUCAGCUGAACCUACUGGAAAAGAAGAACAACUACAAGGACAUUAAAACCGCUUUCCUCGCAAGAAAAACCAAUUCAGCUGGCCUAACACCAAAAAGCUUCAGGCCUUCUGUUUCUGUUUCCUCCCCCACUGCUGUGAAAUUUCCCAGCGCUUUAAACACAACAGCGUCUAAAGAAGUUGUUCGAAGGCUCUAUCCGGGCCCUGAUGAACAAAUCGAACCCAACAGAGAGGCUAAGAAUGUAAAACCGACAAAUUCAGGAGGUGAUAGUUUGAACCCUAGAGCCCAAUCAGAGAAACUUUCCAACAAUAGACCCACCACAACGAAUGGAGGCUUUAUUAGAAGAAGCUUGGCUGUAACUCAAAGUGAUCCUAAAGCCACUACGAAUAGGCCACAAACAACGUCCAAAGAGUACAAAGCCUUGGCCAGAUUAUUAAAGAUGGCUCGACCAGCCACUUCAGGACAACCAAGAGAAAAGCCCACCAUGGCCUAUGGGGAUAUGGCGCAACGAAAUCAGACAAUUUACCAAAAAGCGAAAAAACCUACCAUGUACGAUCCGAUUGCCAGAUCCAUAGCCGGUUACGUUUGUAACAACGUGCCUAACAAAUUGCCCACACUGGGCAAUUUUAAGAAGUAAAGAUAUAAAUAAUAAAUAAAAAAAUACCUUGUAUUUUACGGCACUGUAGACUUAAACAGACGAAAUUAAAUAAAUGAAUUAGCAAGUUU